CUAGUCAAGACUUUCAGCUCCAUGUCGACAAAGUCAGUAGAUGAUUUCGCCAAGUUGUUCAUGGCUAUCAUCAAUCAAUAUGUCCUGUAUAUCAUAUACCUAUUCAUGGGGCGAAUAAUUUUGGCUUACAUUGCUACCAUCGGGUUUCGAAUCACUAGUCUACGCAUCUCGGCAUUCAUUCGUCUAUCGUAUUUACAAGCGCUACUUAAGCAGCCUAUAUCAACUUUAGACGCCCUCCCGCCUGGACAAACAACGGCAAUCAUUACAAUUACCGCUAACAGCCUCCAGCUUGGUAUUUCGGAAAGACUCUCAUCUCUCAUACAGGCUAUAUCUGUAAUAUUUACCGCGCUCAUCAUUGGCUGCAUUUUCAGCUGGGAACUAACUCUAGUCACUGCAAGCGGAAUCGUCGCCAUUGUCACUUGGUACACAGUCUUGACACCAGUAGUAUCACGUAAGUAUGCAGCGGUUCAAGAGCUGGAUCGACAAGCUGCAGGUGUGGCUGGCGAGACGCUUUCUAGUAUCAGGAUGAUUGCUGCAUGUGGGGCAGAAGCAAGAAUUGCUACCAGGUACAAUAAGUUAGUAGACAAUGCGGCAUCUGUGGGUAAAAAGUUGUCUCCAAUUCUAGCCGUUCAACAUUCACCAGAAUCAAAAUUUGCGAAUGUGGAAACUUUGGUAGUUGUUUUAAUGUCAGUCAUGACAAUGCUGGCCCAUAUCAACUCAAUUUCGGUGCCUUUGAAUGCAGCAUCGAACGCAAUCACUGCGGCAUCAAUCUUUUUCACUAUCAUCGACGCCCCCAAACCAUCAACAACUGGUGUUCAAGAUGAGGGCGUUGACUUGAAUGCUGACAUUGUUCUCGAGAAUAUCCAUUUUGCAUAUCCCACGCGACACGAUGUGAAAAUUCUGAAUGGAUUGACUUUGCGCAUUCCGCACGGCCAAAAAACUGCAAUCGUGGGCGCAAGUGGAUCUGGGAAAAGUACGACCGUGGCGCUUAUUCAGCGAUGGUAUGAAUUAGGGGGAACGGAUGCUUUGACCAAUUACUUACGGAAUGGGUCGAUUCGUAUUGGCGAUAGGCCUCUCAAUGAGAUCGAUUUGUACUGGUGGCGAGCUCAGAUCGGAUUCGUUCAGCAGGAACCAUUCCUUUUCAACGAUACCAUCUUCAACAAUGUAAAGCACGGUCUAGUAGGAACCCGAUGGGAGUACGCUUGUACGGAGUUAAAGAAAGAUCUCGUUUAUAAUGCUUGUAAAGAAGCAUUUGCAGAUGAUUUUAUCCAAUUACUUCCGGAAGGCUAUGAGACACCGGUGGGCGAGGUUGGGAUUCAGCUGAGUGGCGGUCAGCGCCAGAGAAUUGCAAUUGCCCGUGCCAUAGUUCGACAACCUAAGAUCCUGAUCUUUGACGAAGCCACAAGUGCGCUUGACGUGAGCAGCGAAAAGAUCGUUCAAGCAGCACUUGAUCGAGUUGCUGAGAAUCGCACAACUAUAGUAAUCGCACACAGGCUUUCCACUAUUAAAGAUGCAGAUAAUAUAAUAAUAGUCACGAACGGAACAGUCUCUCAGCAAGGUACCCAUGACGAUCUAUUGAAGGAUGAAAAAGGCAUGUACUGGCGAUUGGCCAAUGCUCAAGAGCUGGGUCAACAAGAUAUGCCAUUCAAAUAUGACGACUUUUGGGACGAAAGAAGAAUCCGGCGCGAGGCUCACUUCCUCUACAAAGAAAGCCACGAGACGCUUGUUGAGUCGGAGACAACCGCAGUAGAUGUGACGGAGGAACUCCCGCCGCGAGAAGCACCACACGGCAUAUUCCGAAGCUUUUCUAUGCUUCUGUUAGAGCAGAAAAACAAUUGGCCAUGUUAUCUGAUCAUUCUUCUUGCUACCCUUGGAGCAGCAGCAAGUAACCCUCUACAAGCCUUUCUUUUUGGAAGUUUGAUAUCUUCAUUUGCAUAUCCAGUCGAUAAAAUCGGGUCUAUGGCCACAUUUCUAUGCCUCAUGUUGCUUUUUGUUGCUGCCGGGGUAGGUGCGAGUUAUUUUGCCCUCGGUUGGAUAACAAACAUUGUCUCAAUCCGUACCGUAUCAACAUAUCGGAAAGAAUACUUUCACAAUAUCAUCACACAAAAAAUAUCUUUCUUCGAUGACCCAAGAAUGGCGACAGGACUUCUCACAGCACGGAUUGCGACAGAUCCGGCUCAACUACAACAAUUACUUGGCAUAAACAUGGCGAUGGUCAUGAUAUCUCUGUUCAGCCUUGUGGGUUGUAUCACUAUCGCAGCCAUUUUCCACUGGAAAUUUGCUCUCGUCGUCAUUGCAUCAUCUAUGCCUAUCAUUCUUGCUGGAGGCUGGUAUCGCGUGCGGCAUGAAGUCAAGUUCGAAUCAAGAAAUAACGACGUGUUCGCAGAAAGCGCUCGUUUUGCGACUGAAGCUAUUGGUGCGAUGCGUACAGUCACUAGCUUGACUCUGGAACGAGUCAUCUGCGAGAAAUACAAGGCUUUACUGGACGAUCACGUUGCUAAGUCAAAGAAAGAAGCACGCCUUUCCUGCUUGGUGUUUGCAGCCAGUGAUAGCUCAGUGUUGCUUUGUAUGGCCUUUGCGUUGUGGUACGGUGGCACUCUGUUGGCAAACCUCGAGCUUAAUUCCUUCACCUUCCUGGUGGUCUAUCUCGCCAUCAUUCAAGGAAGCUUAGCCGCGGGUCAGUGGCUCAGCUUCGGGCCAAAUAUUGCGCAAGUGUCAGCAGCUGCAAAUCGUAUCGAAACAAUGCGCCUAUGCAACGCCAACAGGUACGAAAAGGUUUGGAUACAAUACCAAGAGGCCAAACGCUGGGCAUUGCCAACGACCUUACUUUUCAAAGGCGCGGAUAUCAAUUUUAAGAACGUGUGGUUCAAAUAUCCCUCACGAGAUGUUCCAGUUCUUCGUGGUUUUUCCAUGAGGAUACAGCACGGCCAGUUUGCGGCUAUAGUGGGAAGCAGUGGCUCUGGUAAAUCUACACUGAUAUCGCUACUGGAACGCUUCUACGAACCACAGAAGGGCAAAAUAAGGUACAACGGCGAAGAUAUUGCGUCAAUACCAUUAGAUGUACUGAGGAAGCGAAUGAGUCUGGUAGCUCAAGAGCCGUACCUGUUUAGCGGCACAAUUCGCGACAAUGUUUUGCUUGGCAAGAAGGAACAUGAAGUGAACGAAGACCACUUGUACCAAGCGUGUCAGGACGCAGGUAUACACGAAUUCGUUACAUCAUUACCAGAUGGUUAUGGCACAGAAGUAGGGACGGGUGGAGUUUCCCUCUCUGGUGGGCAGAAGCAGCGCAUAUCUAUUGCACGGGCACUCAUUCGAAACCCUGCUGUCCUGCUACUUGAUGAGGCUACUAGUGCCCUUGAUUCAACCACGGAAAAAGAGGUACAAGCUGUCUUUGAGGAGACUGGCAAGGGGCGGACGAUGAUUGUGAUCGCACACCGACUGGCGACGAUUCGAAACGCAGACAUUAUUUUUGUAAUGGAUCAAGGGAGAGUGGUAGAGCGAGGAGAUCAUGAGCUUUUGGUGAAGAAAAAGGGCAUUUACUGGCAAAUGUGCAUGUCACAGGCUCUUGGUGUAUCUUAACAUCGUAUGAG